UGUAGAAAGUAGAAAGUGUGCACUUGCUGCCACACUACACACAGCAGAGCUCACUAGACUUUGAAUUUUUGAAUCGCUCAUUCAUGUUGUCCGGUGCUUUUCUGUGUGUCCUUGUAGGCUCCUUCCUGGGACUAACCCAAGGUGAUGUGGUGUCUGAUUUCAACGAUGAGCCUGACUGCAUAAAGUACUUCUACAAAGGGAAAGUGCCACAAUGGGGGUCCGAGACGCCUGGUGCUGCCCGAAUCUGCCAGCGUUUCCAGAACCGGUUUCAUUUUGCCACGUUGUAUGACACACGCCACCACAUUGCUGUCUACUCAGCGUACAUUUUUGAGCCCAGUGACGGGGGAGGCAGAGAGAAGCGCUGGUUUGUGGAGCCUCAGUUGGUGAAUCAGAACUGGGGAGGGGAAAUGAGAGACGGCUAUUGGCUGGGACAGGACUAUCCCGGUAUCUACCAGGGUGAGAGACAGGCUCUGAAUGAGGAUUACACUUACUCAGGGUUUGACCGUGGCCACCUCAAUCCCAAUGGACAUCAUGCAGUGCCAAGUCGUAAUGCCACAUUCACCCUCACGAACGUGGUGCCUCAGAACCCAAAACUAAACCAGAAUGCCUGGGCUAAUCAUGAGUCCAACCUGGCUAAGAUAUUCAUAGCUCAGUGUGACAAGGCCUACGUGCUGGUUGGUGCCAUUCCCUCUGCUAACAACUGGAUCAUCAAGAAUAACGUCCAACGCGUCAACAUUCCAGAAUACAUCUGGAACGCAUACUGCUGCAUCAAUAGCAAUGGCUCUCCCAUUCGCAGUGGAGCUGCAAUUGCCCUCAACACUGAGAAGAAUCUGGUUGAGCAGCGCACACUGAGUGAAAUGGUUGUCUUCCUCCAGCAAUACUCUAACACGCCAGUAGGAGAGCUGUUCCACAAUCAAUGCCAGUAACAGUCUGUAACAUUGCUUCCCACACUGGUUAUUCAAUUUUAAAGUCUGACACAGAUUAACCAGUGGAAAUUCAUUAAAACUGUAUAUCUA